AUGACUGGAUUUCAUGAGAAUGGGAAGCUGGUUUCAGCUAAAGUAUGGUCUAGAAGGUUAAAGAAAGUAAUGUCAUCUAUUAUUAGUGAAGUUCAGACAGUAUUUUCGAGGGGAAGGUUUAUUGUAGAUGGGGUAUUAAUUGCGAAUGAAGUGGUGGAUUGGUGGAAACCAGCUAAAAUGAGUGGAAUUAUUCUGAAAUUGGACUUUGAAAAGGCUUAUGAUUCAGUAAAUUGGGAGUUUCUUUUAUCAAUAUUGAUGAAUUUUGGUUUGAAUUUGCUGAUUGAAAGAGCAAAGGAGUUGGGUUAUUUAAAAGGGGCGUCUGUAGGGCCUAAUGGGUUGAAGUUUUCUUAUUUGCAGUUUGCUGAUGAUACUGUUGUUUUUUGUGAGGCUGAUAGGGUGGAAUUGGUCACUAUAAAGAGAAUUUUAUGGUGUUUUGAGUUGAUGUCUAGUUUAAAAAUUAACUCUCACAAGAGUGUGGUGUGUAGGGUUGGUGCUGAUAAGGAGGAUAUCAAAGAUUUUGUCUCAGUAUUGCACUGCCAUAACCAGAAGCUUCUUAUUACUUAUCUGGGCAUACCUCUUGGGGCCAAUCCAAGAAGAAAGAGUACUUGGAAACCAAUGAUUAAGAAAGUAAAGAAGAAAUUGGCUUCAUGGAAAGGGAAAAUGCUCUCCUUUGCUAGUAGAAUCACACUGAUUAAGGCAGUUUUAUCCAGUUUACCAUUCUAUUUCUUUUCAAUAUUCAAACUAUCUAUGGAUAUGGCUAAGCAGUUGGAUAAGAUCCAGGUAUGGAGUGAUAUCCUUAAACUUGUUGAUAGAAGACCUGCUUUGGCUGAAUUUUAUUUAUCAAACUUUAAACUAUCUAUAGGGAAUAGGGGUAGAAUUCAAUUUUGGGAUGACAAGUGGUUGAACAAUUUAUGCCUGAAGAAGGAGUUUCCCAGAUUGUACAGGUUAUCAGUGGAGAAAGGUAGCACUGUUCAGCAGAUUUACCUAAGAAUGAGUCAUUCAAAUGAGUGGAACUUAAUCUUCAGAAGAUCAUUGUUAAAAUGGGAGAAAGAGGAGGUUCUAAGAUUGUAUGAGCUGCUUAGGGAUGCACUUACUCUCUCUUUGGAGUCUGACGACUCAAGUCAGUGGAUGGCCAAACCAGAAGGAUCAUUUACAAUAGUAGCAGCAUAG